GCCCCGGCCGGGCGCCGUAGCAGAAAAGCAGGGCGGAUGUUGUGAGCCGGUCGCGGCGGCCGAGGCUGGUGGGGCCUUCAGGAACCCCGACUGCCCAUGGGAGGUGAAGGAUGGCGUCCAAGGGGGCCGGUGUGUCUUUGUCCCGCAAGAGCUACAGGCUGACGUCAGAUGCUGAGAAGUCCAGGGUCACAGGCAUUGUGGAUGAGAAGCUGCUGAAUGACUACUUGCACCGCAUCUUUGUUUGUCCUGACGAUGCCACCUCCACAGCCACCAGCAGGAAACCCCUGAACUUCCAGAACCUUCCAGAGCACCUGGACAAGCUGCUGCAGGUAGACAAUGAGGAUGAAGAGAGCCAGGGGCAGGUUGAAGGGCGACUUGGCCCAUCCACUGUGGUCCUGGACCACACGGGCGGCUUUGAGGGGCUCCUCCUCGUGGAUGACGACCUCCUGGGGGUGAUUGGGCAUAGCAACUUCGGCACCAUCCGCUCUACCACAUGCGUGUACAAAGGGAAGUGGGUCUACGAGGUGCUCAUCUCCUCGCAGGGACUCAUGCAGAUCGGCUGGUGCACCAUCAGCUGCCGCUUCAACCAGGAGGAGGGAGUGGGUGACACACAGAACUCCUACGCCUAUGAUGGCAACCGGGUGCGCAAGUGGAAUGUGACAACCACAAAUUAUGGCAAGGCUUGGGCAGCAGGGGACAUUGUCAGCUGUCUGAUCGACUUGGAUGAAGGCACCCUGUCCUUCUGCCUGAAUGGUGUGUCGCUGGGCACCGCCUUUGAGAACCUGUCCAGGGGUGUAGGCAUGGCCUAUUUCCCCGCCAUCAGCCUCUCUUUCAAGGAGUCCGUGGGUUUCAACUUCGGCAGCCGUCCUCUACGCUACCCUGUGGCGGGCUACCGGCCCCUGCAAGACCCGCCGGGUGCUGACCUGACACGGGCACAGAGGUUGCUGGGCUGUUUCCGGGCCGUGCUGAGCGUGGAGCUGGACCCUGUGGAAGGGCGGCUAGUGGAGAAGGAGAGCUCAGAGUGGCAGGUGCAGGGCCAGCCCACCGUCCUCCUCACACUGGCCCAUAUCUUCCAUCGCUUUGCUCCACUCCUGCACCAGGUGUACUUGGUUGAGGCCGUGCUCAUGAGCUUCCUGCUGGGCAUUGUGGAGAAGGGCACGCCCGAGAAAGCACAGGCCAUGGUGCACCAGGUCAUGGACCUCCUGUGGCUCUUCAUGGAGGACUACGAGGUACAGGAUUGUCUCAAGCAGUUGAUGAUGUCUCUACUGCGGCUGUACCGGUUCUCGCCCAUCGUCCCGGACCUUAGCCUGCAGAUCCAUUACCUGCGGCUCACCAUUGCCAUCCUGAGGCAUCAGAAGUCCCGCAAGUUUCUGCUCAGCAACAUCCUCUUCGAUGUGCUGCGCUCCGUUGUCUUCUUCAACAUCAAGAGUCCCCUGCGUGUAGAGGAGGCCGGUCUGCAGGAGCUCAUCCCCACCACCUGGUGGCCCCACCGCUCCAGCCGGGAGGGCAAAGAUGGUGCAGAGGACCAGGAAGAGUCCGCUGAGGAGCGGCCCCGGCGGCGGGCCUAUGAAAGGGGCUGCCAGCGGCUCAAGAAGCGCAUCGAAGUGGUGGAAGCAUUACAGGUCCAGAUCCUGAAGCUACUAUUGGACAACAAGGAUGAAAACGGGGGGGAAGCUUCUAGGUACAUUUUCUUGACCAAGUUUCGAAAGUUUCUGCAAGAAAACGCCAGUGGCCGUGGGAACAUGCCCAUGCUCUGCCCCCCUGAGUACAUGGUCUGCUUCUUGCACCGGCUGAUUUCUGCCCUCCGCUACUAUUGGGAUGAAUACAAGGUCUCCAAUCCCCGCGCCUCCUUCAGCGAGGAGGCCUACAUCCCACCCCAGGUCUUCUAUAAUGGCAAAGUGGACUACUUCGACCUGCAGCGUCUCGGAGGCCUCCUCUCCCAUCUUCGGAAGACACUCAAAGAUGACCUUGCUUCCAAGGCCAACAUCGUGAUCGACCCAUUAGAGCUCCAGGCAGCCACCAUGGAUGACCUAGACGAGGAUGAGGAGCCAGCGCCUGCUGCCGCCCAGCGCCCCAUGCAGGCCCUGGCCGUGGGGGGCGCCUUGCCCCUGCCUCGGCCUGGUUGGCUCAGUUCGCCCACGCUGGGCCGAGCCAACCGCUUCCUCAGCACGGCAGCCGUGAGCCUCAUGACCCCACGACGGCCGCUUAGCACCGCGGAGAAGGUGAAGGUCCGCACACUGAACGUGGAGCAGAGGACACGAGAGGACAUCGAGGGCAGCCACUGGAACGAGGGCUUACUGCUGGGCCGGCCGCCCGAGGAGCCGGAGCAGCCGCUCACUGAGAACUCGCUGCUGGAAGUGUUGGAUGGGGCCGUCAUGAUGUACAACCUCAGUGUGCACCAGCAGUUGGGCAAGAUGGUGGGUGUGUCUGAUGAUGUCAACGAGUAUGCCAUCGCCCUGAGGGACACGGAGGACAAGAUCCGCCGGUGCCCCAAGCGGAGGAAGGACAUCCUUGCAGAGCUGACCAAGAGCCAAAAAGUGUUCUCAGAAAAGCUUGACCACCUGAGCCGCCGUCUAGCCUGGGUCCACGCUACUGUCUACUCUCAGGAGAAGAUGUUGGACAUCUACUGGCUGUUGCGCGUUUGCCUGCGCACCAUUGAGCACGGCGAUCGUACGGGUUCGCUCUUUGCCUUCAUGCCCGAGUUCUACCUAAACGUGGCCAUCAACAGCUACAGCGCUCUCAAGAAUUACUUUGGCCCCGUGCACAGCAUGGAGGAGCUCCCAGGCUAUGAAGAAACCCUUACCCGCCUGGCUGCCAUCCUGGCCAAGCACUUUGCUGACCCGCGCAUUGUGGGCACUGACAUCCGCGAUGCCCUGAUGCAGGCCCUGGCCAGCUACGUGUGCUACCCACACUCCCUGCGGGCGGUGGAGCGGAUCCCCGAGGAACAGCGUAUUGCCAUGGUGAGGAGCCUCCUGGCCCCUUAUGAGCAGCGGCCUUGGGCACAGACCAACUGGAUCCUGGUGCGGCUUUGGAGGGGCUGUGGAUUUGGGUACCGCUACACCCGGCUGCCACACCUGCUGAAGACCAAGCCCGAGGAUGCCAACUUGCCCAGCCUUCAGAAGCCCUGCCCCUCUACCCUGCUGCAGCAGCACAUGGCCGACCUGCUGCGACAGGGUCCUGACGUAGCGCCCAGCUUCCUCAACAGCGUCUUGAACCAACUGAACUGGGCCUUCUCUGAGUUCAUCGGCAUGAUACAGGAGAUCCAGCAGGCAGCCGAGCGCUUGGAGCGUAACUUCGUGGACAGCCGGCAGCUCAAGGUCUGUGCCACCUGCUUCGACCUCUCAGUCAGCCUGCUGCGGGUCCUGGAGAUGACCAUCACGCUCGUGCCCGAGAUCUUCCUUGAUUGGGCCCGGCCUACCUCGGAGAUGCUGCUGCGGCGCCUGGCCCAGCUGCUAAACCAGGUGUUGAACCGAGUGACAGCUGAGAGGAACCUGUUUGACCGUGUCGUCACCCUGCGGCUGCCUGGCCUGGAGAGCGUGGACCACUACCCCAUCCUGGUGGCAGUGACGGGCAUUCUGGUGCGUCUCCUGGUGCACGGUCCCGCCGCAGAGAAGGAGCGAGCCACCGCCGUGCUCCUGGCUGACCCCUGCUUCCAGCUCCGCUCCAUCUGCUAUCUCCUGGGGCAGCCAGAGCCCCCCACGCCUGGUGCGGCCCUGCCUGCCCCUGACCGGAAGCGCUUCUCCCUGCAGAGCUACGCGGAUUACAUCAGCACCGAGGAACUGGCCCAGGUGGAGCAGAUGCUGGCGCACUUGACCUCGGCAUCUGCCCAGGCCGCGGCUGCGUCCCUGCCCACCAGUGAGGAAGACCUGUGCCCCAUCUGCUACGCCCACCCCAUCUCUGCUGUCUUCCAGCCGUGUGGCCACAAAUCCUGCAAAGCCUGCAUCAACCAGCACCUCAUGAACAACAAAGACUGCUUCUUCUGCAAGGCCACCAUUGUGGCUGUGGAAGACUGGGACAAGGGAGCCAGUGCCGGCAGCACCUCCUCAGCUGCCUAGCUCCACAGCCUGCACCCCUGCUGAACCUGCCACCCUGCCACCCAGGCCAGGCCCUUAGCUAUGAGCUCCUGACACCCUGUGCCCCAGAACCUUGCCCCUGCCCCGCCAACCUCGCCUGUGUGUAGCCUUGGCCCUAACUGUGCCCGAGCUUGACUCUGAGUCAGGGCCACAGCGAGCAUUAAAUUAUUAUUCCAUA